AUGGCGACUCCAGAAGAGGCAGAGAGAAUUGUCAAGGAGGUGACGGAAUAUUAUGGAUAUCUGGACCAUGACAUGAUGAACGAUAUCGGUCGUUUCAACGCCGACUAUCGUCGAAGGAUUGAUGAAAACUGGCUCAAGAUGGAGAACGCCGCAUCGCAUUCCAUCAAAGUUUUAGCAAGAAACAUCUACGGUAGCGGUGCCAGAUUCGUGUUCGAGCUUCUCCAAAAUGCCGAAGACAACAGCUUUAGAAAAGCUGAUAAGAAGAAUGAUCCCCCGUUUAUCUCCUUUCUGGUUCACCCGAAACGUAUUGUUGUCGAAUGCAACGAGGACGGGUUCACUAGUUUGGAUCUCAAGGCGAUAUGCUCCGUCGGAGAAAGCACCAAGACUGCGAAACAUGGAUACGUAGGUGCCAAAGGCAUUGGUUUCAAAUCUGUCUUUAUCGCUGCAUCCCGCGUGCACAUCCAGUCCGGAAACUACUCGUUUGAGUUCCGACAUAACAGGAACGACCCGGGCCUCGGCAUGGUGAGACCCAUCUGGGUGACGCCGACGGACACAAUUCCUAGUCCCCUUACUCGCACGACACUUUAUUUGCAUGAUCAAGGUAACGAGGAUGAGAUAAAGCAUCUUAAAAUGGUCAUUUCCAUGCAGUUUGACGACCUCCAAGAGACUUGUCUCCUUUUCCUACGAAAAACUGGCAGGAUUAGUGUCGCCUUUUAUGAUGGACAAGGAAAUCUUCGGCGUUCGAAGCAGUUUACGAAGAAGAGGAUCGACGACUAUCGUGUCUCUUUAGAGACAACAGUAUUUUCAGGGGACAAAGCAACUACAACAAGCCAGAUAUACCACAUUACGAAGCAGUUAGCUAAGGAUCUAACGCAGAGUGAGAGUCGCGAUGCUGCUACUACUGAAGAGGCACGGAGAAGUCUCACCUCCGCGGAAGUUGUCUUGGCCUUUCCACUGAAAAGUGAUUACCAGCCUUGCAUUUCUACAAGAAGACAAGAACUCUUUGCCUUUCUGCCUCUCAGGACUUCAGACUACAAGUUUCACAUCCAGUCGGACUUUGAUACGAAUGCCAACCGGCAGGAUAUUGUGACUACGACAAGGAGAAACUUGAAUAUUCGUGAUUGGAUUGCCAAGACAUUUCUGAAGGCAGUGCUGGAAUUUAACCGACAUCCUAUACUUUGCUAUAGAUGGCCACUAUUUCUCCCGGUGCAGGAUAGUGGGCAUGACUCGUUCUGGUCCGGACUAGAUGCCAAGAUUCUAUCUCUAGUUCAGGAUACUCCUAUUCUAAGAUCGAGGAACAGGAGUGACUUUCGUCUGAUUAGCGAAGUCGUGAUAGCCUCGAAUGGCAUGACCGACAAUGGAGGCACACUCUUACUCGAUGACCCCAUCAAGGACCCCUUCAUCUCGGCCAAGUACCCGCCUAAGGUGACUAAGCAUUUGAAGCCCUACGGACUACGGGUAGCAUCCGCGCCUCUAUUUGUUAGUCUACUGAAAAGAGAUCUAAGCCAGCAUAACUCCAAAAUGCGCGCCAACAAAACUGCUGAUGGCUGGCAUUCCUCAGUAGCUCGGAUGUGUUCCAAGAUAUUUGACAACGGCUGGAAUGUAACCGCAUUGCUUGAGUCACUUGAGGUUCUACCGCUGAGGAACGGUCACUGGGAAGCUUCUACGUCAGGCCCGUUCUAUUUUCCAAUGACGGGGGAUACGGAAAUCCCUAAGGGCUUAGGCCUCAAAGUGCUCACCAAGUUCCUCGGCCUCUUCGAACAUCUUUGGCUGCUAGAAGGAGAAGAAGUAUUAAAACGCCAAACGGUUGUGUCUCAAAUAAGAAAGGUCCCUGCAAAGGAGCUUUGCAAAGUUAAAUUCUCCCCUAAGCUCGAAAACACUUGGCUUCCUCUACCGGAGCUUGAGGAUUGUGCUCGCCGGUAUAUGGAGAAACCAGAGCAGUUUCAUUUCCUCAGUAUUGAAGAUGAUCGCAACGAUGAACAAAUUAGCACCAAGUGGAAUUUCUUGACCAAAUACUUUGGUGUUGGAAAGUCUAACGACUUGGAAUUCCUUCUCGAUAUACUCCACUGCAUCCGGAGGUCUUGCACAAUCCCGUUGUCUACUCGUCAAUCACAAAAGGUUUUGGAGCUAUACAUAGCCAUCUACGCCAAGCUUUGUGUCUCUUCGGUACUGAGCAUAACUCGCACAAGAAUUAAAGAGGCCUUUGAAUGCUUUGGUGGCGACUCCAUCCUCGUAUCAUACGAUGAUGAUGAUCAGUCAAUGUGGUCAGAGCCUGAAUUAUGUGUCUGGGAUGUGCCAUCUGAUCUGGACUCUGUGUAUUCCCUGAAGUCGGAAUACGAGAGAAGAGGUUUGAGUAACGAAGACCUCGGCAACAUUGGAAAGCUAUUUGUUGGGACAUUGGGCGUACGUAACAUAUCGGCUCAGCUUAUUGUGUCGGAGCUCAAGUGCCGUUGGGGCACUUGUGCAGAUGAGGAGGAUGAGGGCCACAUUUUGAGCCUCUACGAAUAUUUGCACAAAAGGCUCACAGUCACACCAGGAGUAAGAGCUUCAUUUGAAGAAUCCCCACUCAUCCUUUUGAAGCAGCAAGAUGGGCCAGACUGGCACAAGACCUCUGACUGCUUGUGGUCUAGCACAACGCCAAUUCGCGGUAAGGUGACGCUUGAAGCGACUUACGAAGACCUCAAAGCACUUUUCGUCGGAAAGCUUGGAGUCAAAUCGCUUACAAUGCAGAUGGUCUAUGAUGAGCUGCGACAGUCUCCUGAGAGCAGUAUAGAAGACAUCAAGGUUGCUCUAUUCUCUUUCAAUGACUUCCUCCAAAUCGAAGAUGGCAACUGGGAUCCAGAACCUAUCAAAAAAGCGAAGAUAUUUCCUAUCGUCUAUCCUGAUGGUUCUACCGCCAUGCGGUCCAUGGAUGUGGACUUCGUAAUAGCAGAUCGGGAUAUCCUGCGAUCUAGGUUCUCUGACAAGAUUGCUCUCCUAGACUUUGACUUGGAGGAUGUCCAUCGACUAAGACCAUUAUUUACCUGGUUGAAGAUUCAACAGCGAUACCUCUCUAGGUGUGUCACUGAAAGAACAGGAAUUUCGGGGGAUUCAAGGCUGCCGAUAUCAUCGCCUAAAAGAGACUUGUCUCUCAAAGCCUAUCAAAUAUGCCGAGUCGCAGCUACAUUCAGGAGUCCGCGCUCUCAACAUAGUGAACCAAACCUUUACAACCAACUGCGUGCUAUGAAAGUCUUGGAGGUUGAAGGGAUCUCUUCUGUUCUGAAACUGAGUCAGAAUGGCAGACAAUAUGAAGCAACACUUUCGACAGCCAGCGAGCAUAUCGACGAGCCAGCUGGAAAUCUUAUUAUAUACGUCCCGCGAGACCGGAGAGCGCAAGAACUAUGUUUUGGCUCAGUCCUUCCCAGGAGGUUUGCAACGUGGCUCAUGCGUAACCCCCAUACUAAUAUUGAUGGCAAUGUGGAGGUCGAUAUCAUCAAUGCCCUCACUUCGAUUUUUGCCAGCGACCGUGCCGUUCUUGGCGAGAUCCUGGACGAUCAGGGCAUGAUAGAGUUGCAGUUCAAGGACCCAGACGAAGAUUUGAAUGAAGACAUGAUGGGUGGUGAACAGACCGAAGAUAAUGAUGCAUCUGAUUCGACCCCAGAGCCUGGCCAUGGGGCUUCUGACCUUGCUCUCACUCCGACUCAUUCAUCUGUGACAGAUGCCUCAAUUGUACCAUCAGCGGUGCGAGAUUCCGAGAUCGAAGAUGGGGCUUCGGAGACCGACGGAGAAAUAUUUGAGAUUCAAAGCAGGACAUCCCAUCAAGUUCGACGAGGUGAUGGAAGUCUUCCGCGGCCCCUACGACAUCACUCACCAGCUGGCAGACCUUCCAGCCCAGAGCAGUUGAAUAGCCAACGUCUAGUUCCUUCCAAUCCAAUUUCGCGAGCGACUGAGGACCAGCGAUAUCAAACGAUUCUCGGAAGAGUCAUCGCGGCAGCUCGAUUUGCGAAUUUUCCAUCUGGUGGGGCAUUUGACUUGAGUGGCCUUCGAGAUGCCUUACCUGACUCGGGGGAGCCGAACUCGUACCUGAGCUAUGAUGGGUUGGAUAUGUUGAGUAGGUUUCGAUCGGCAAACCAACUAGAACGCGAUAAGAAGAUCGGAGCCGCUGGGGAACUCUUCGUAUUUGAGCUGUUAUCGAAGCUUGACCUACCGGGCUGGGGCCGCGGGAACUGGCAAAGUACUAUAAGAACAUAUGCAAACAUUCAUCCGGAGUACACCGAUCUGACUCACUGGUCUAAUCGCGAGACAGCAGACCUUGUGUACCCGGAUACCCAAGGAGACCUGACACGUAUUUUGGCAGACGCCGAGAUUCUUACUGGCGAUUGGUCUACAAGACGUCCCAGAUACUACAUCGAGGUGAAGACAACUACUGGACCGUGCGGAACACCAUUCUAUAUGAGUGGAAACCAAUACCGACUGAUGGAACAUAUUCACUACAGUUCGGACUUUUCAGAAAUCUACAUCAUAUUCCGUGUUUAUUUCUUGCUUGAUAGGUCGCAGAUUAGUUACUGUGUGUACUCUGAUCCAAAGCGACUUCAAGAUGAUGGGCGACUCAUUUUCAAGGGAACUACAUGGUCAGUGACUCCUGGGCUACAAGCAUAG